CGGGGCGGGGCGGGCGGUGCAAGCGCCGCCGCUUCGGGCAUCAGCCUCCCGAGGAGCUCCGGCACUCGGCUCCGGCGCGGGACGCAGAGGUGCGGAGCGACGAGCGUGACCAUGCUGAAGAUCCUCGGCACAGCUCCACUCGGCAAGAAGCGGCUGGACUCGGGAGAGGCCCCGGAUGCCAAGAGCCCCGAAGCCAAGCGCCCGCGCCUGGGCCCACUGCUAGGAUUUGUGCCCUGCCUACAACCUCUGGCCCCAUCUCCCAGCACCGAGGAGCAUGAUGCGAGGGUCCUGCAGAUCGGGCCGUACGUCCUGCUGGAGCCCAGGGACGGGGGCCGCUCCUACCGCGCCGUGCACCGGCCCACGGAGGCCGAGUACAGCUGCAAGGUCUACCCGAUGAGGAGCUACCAGGAGGCGAUGGCCCCAUACGGACGGCUCCCGCCGCACCCCAGCGUGGCCCGGGUGGCCGAGGUGAUCCAGGGGGACCGCAGCGCCUACAUCUUCUUCCCACCUGGCCAUGGCGACAUGCACAGCCACCUGCGGCGCUGCAAGCGCCUGCCCGAGGCCGAGGCCGCCGCGCUCUUCCGGCAGAUGGCGGAGGCCGUGGCCCACUGCCACCAGCACGGCAUCGUCCUGCGGGACCUCAAGCUCCGCAAGUUCGUCUUUGCCGACCGGGAGAGGACCAGGCUGGUGCUGGAGAGCCUGGAGGACGCGUGUGUCCUGAGCGGCCCCGAUGACGCCCUGUCGGACAAGCAUGGCUGCCCGGCCUACGUGGGCCCCGAGAUCCUCCACACCAGGCCGCGGUACUCGGGGAAGGCGGCCGACGUGUGGAGCCUGGGCGUGGUGCUGUACACCAUGCUGGUGGGGCGCUACCCCUUCCAGGAGGCCGAGCCCACCCUGCUCUUCAGCAAGAUCCGCCACGGCGCCUUCGCCAUCCCCGGCGGCCUCUCGCCCCGCGCCCGGUGCCUCAUCCGCUGCCUGCUGCGCAAGGCCCCGGCGGAGCGGCUCAGCACCCCAGGCAUCCUGCUGCACCCCUGGCUCGCCGGCGGCGGGGGUGCCACCCAGGAGCCCUGCUCCGGCCCCUCCUGGAGGCAGGGGCUGGACCAAGUGGUGCCGAACGUCGGGCAGGAGGGAUGAGGAGGAGCAGGAGGAAGACCUGUACAGCUGAGCCUCUGGAAAGCCCUCAGGACGUGCUAGCCAAGUGAGAGGGGCAGGGGAUGGCUUCUGGGCCCCAGCUUGCACCAGGGGCGCCUGCAGCUCAGGCUCGAUCCUGGCCGGGUGCCCGGCCAACACUCACGCCCACGUGCCUUAGACCUGGGGACCAGCCACAUCCACGCCCAGACCCGGGUCGUCCCCACGCCUGCCCGUCAGGAAGCUGCCCACACUUUCCACACCUCGGACUCAGGGAGGACGGGGUUACUGUGAUGACACCCCCGCCCCGAGUGCCCCGCUUGUACCUACGUGUGCCAAAGAACUGUCUGCAACUCCAGUCACUAGCAGUGCCCCCAGCCCAUGGGCUGGACGGCCAGCAGCCGGGGCAGUCCUCUCUCGCCGGGGCUCUGAAUCCACCCAGGCAGGGAGCCCGAACCUGCCCUCGUGGCCAGCCCUGGGGGUCUGCAGCGGGCUGGCUUUGCCCUCCUGCUCCCCCCGCCACGGGCACCCACGGCUGCUCCGAGCCCAGCCCACCCCGGGAGGUGCCGCCCCGUGCUCUGCGCCGGCUGCGCUCUCGCACACAGCACCAGCACUCUCGUGUCCUGACGUUGGAUGAAUAAUAAAAAGUUCAUGACACUAACUCACCCCCAGUGCCUGCCUCUGUGGCGUGGGGUGUCGGGCAGGAGUUGGGGGAGAGGGGAUGGUGCUGGGGCCACUCAUUGCAAACCAGCAAGCAGGGGCACGACCCCCCCAUGCCCCCAGGGAGAUCCCAGGCAGCAACCAAGCCCCCCAGGGCCAUCAGGUCCCAGGCCUGCUGUGUGCUGCAGGUGCCUGGGGUCUGGGGCAGAGGCUAAUCCAGGCACCUCAAGCCACCGGGGAGGAGAAGGGUCCCGCACCCUGC